AGUAGUCGAGUCGUCGACGAAGCGCGCCCUCGAUCAUUUGAAGAGUUAUUUCCCAGACUUUUUGCUGAAGUACGAGUAGUAAAUUUGAAAUACAGACUGGGAAACUUCUGUUAUUCCGUUUUUAUACUCGAGACCGCAUAUUCCAGUUGAACAGUGCAAAUGAUAAGAUCGUGAGUAUACUGUGGUUUGAAUGUUCACGCCAGGUCUAAAGCAAAAUGCCAUUGCUUCGUCGUCGAGAAUUUCGACCUGUGAAAUUACCAAAAGAUCUGAAACCAACAGAGGAAGUUUUCCUGUGUCGACUUACUAAUGAAAUAUUCAGAGAUUAUGAUGAUUUCUUCAAGAGAACCAUUCUUUGUAACAGUCUGGUAUGGAGCUGCAGUCUUACAGGACGCCCAGGUCUGACUUAUCAGGAGGCUCUGGAGAGUGAAGAGAAAGCCCUCAAGUUCCUCUCCAGCUUUCCUGUUUAUCUGGAGACACCGGUGCUCCUCCUUGCUCGGAUGACCAAGCGAGGGAGAUUAUCUGACAUGUGUGAAGACAUCUUUGCCUUUGUGAAGGAUCGUUUCUUUGUUGGAGAGAUAGUGGAUGUUGUCCACUUAGAUACCAGAGAAACAUGUCGGGUUAACCGUGUGAUUGUACCUCCCGAAUACAUGGAUGAUGUCAGUGUGGCUUCAGAGAGCAGUGAUGAUGAAGUCAUCUUUAUCAAGGAUGAUGGAAAGGAAGAAAAGCUCAACACUUCUCAUGGAGAACAAAAGACUCCCAAAAGGACAUUGAAACCACAGAUGCUAAAGCCAGCCACCUACAGAUAUGAAGUGACUUCUCUUCAGGGUUCUGGGACAUAUAUUGCUCCUCAUGCCAACGUCAGUCGUAAGAGAGGGCUCUUCACAAAGGACAAGAAUAAACUUUACUUGAAACACCACUGUAAGGUGAUUGACUUCAUCUGGAGUGUUAAGCCCCAAUAUGUUGACAAGUUUCAGCUGGAUAAGAAAUCCUUUGGGGACUUUUUUGCUGGUCCCUUGCCCAACUUUUCGUCCACUCCUGCGAAGAGGAAUGUGCAUAAGGUCAUGGUUGAAUCAGAUCCAGGGUCAUCUGCCGAUGAUGACACAGAGGAAGAGGAAGAUGACGAGGAUGAAGAUGAUGACAUCCCACUCAUGGAAGUGAAGAAAAAGGCAGAGGCAAAGAUGGGCAAGAUAAAGAAAAAAAAGAACAAGGGUGCCAACAAAGAGAACCAAGUAGCUCAGCCGAAGCUAACAAAGGAAGAACGGGCAGAAAUGAGAGAGAAGAUGAGGGCUCAAAAAAUUGCUGAGAAGCUUGAGCUGAAGCAGAAGCUGGCUGAAGAAAGAGCAUUAGAGAAGGCCAAGAGAUGGGAAGAACUUGCCAGACUCAAAGAAGAACAGAAAGUUCAGCGAGAAAAGGAGAGAAUAGCGAGGAGAGAGCAAAUGAAGAAGGAUAUUGAAGAAAGCAAGGAGCGAAGGAGAAAGGAAAGAGAGGAGGAGAGAGAACGCCAAAGAGCAUAUUACAUUCAAAUGAAGGAGUAUAUGAAACCAAGAGAAGACUUAGAGUGUGAUGACCAGAAGGAUCUGCCAGAGCCUGUUCCUUUGUCAGGAAAGAUUCCUCAGGAGUUAUUUGGUGACUGUAUACUAUUACUUGAAUUCUUACAUGCAUAUGAAGAAGAGUUAGGACUCAAAGAAGACUUCCCUGAUGGUGUCUCAUUAGAGAUUUUUGCAGAAGCAAUAACAACCAACAAAGUAGACGGUGCCAUGUUUGAAAUAACAAGAUUCUUGUUGAAAGCUCUCUUUAGAGUUCAAGAAGAAGACGAGGAGGAAUGGAAGACUGAUUUAGAAGAGCAAGGGAUGGAAGUACCUAAGUUGAAUAUAUGUGAAGCUAAGUUAGAAGAAGAUCCUGACCCGACCUAUGGAGCUAUGAGUAAAGCAGCUACAGCAGCUCUUGCAUGGCCAGUAGUUCAUCAAGGUACGGAGCUGAGGAAGCUCUCUAUUGAUCCUCCAACUCUGACAGAGAUUGUACGGCUUCACUUUCUAUCAUCUGGAGCAAACACUACAGGAUAUGAGGAUUCUAAAUGGCGUUACCAGCAGAGAGGUGGCUAUACGUUUCAUGAUGAUGCUGGUUUGGAGUUCCGUAUGCAGGAGUCCGCAAUCCUCAAGACCCUCACUAAAGGAAACAUUUAUGAUCUCAGUUCAGAAGGUAAAUUGAAGGUUCUAACAGCUCUGACCAAUCAGCUACUGACGUAUGUGACUAUGCGUGAAGUCAUUGAGGACAGCUAUGAUACAUGGAAUACGACUCGCAGGGAACUUCGAGAUCUUCAACGGCAAGAACAACGUCGGGAAAAGGAAGAAGUCACUGCAAAAUGGAGAUUGAGGAUGGAGGAAAGGUUGAAUGAGAAAGUACAGGUUGAGAAGGAUAGGCUUGCUAAGCUAUCACAGGAAGGUGUUAUAGAGAAUGGAGAUGCUCAGGGUUCAAGUACACUUCAUGUUAGCACUCCAGAACAACCAGGAAGUAGACCUCAAUCAAGGGCGAAAGAGAAUUCCCCAGGGGAUUCAGUGGAGACAUCGGACCUUCCUACACCAGGGAUGUCCCUUGCAGAGAUUGAGAAGAAGAAGAAAGAGAUUGCAGAGGAUAGUGCUGAAAAGAAAGCAGAGUUCUUAAAGCAGGAAGCGCAAUUGACAAGGGAGAUUAGUGAAGCCAUUAUGAAGUACAAUGUGACUCCAAUUGGGGAGGACAGAUUUUUCCGUAGGUACUGGAAGUUCAAUUCAUUGCCAGGAUUAUUUGUGGAGUGUGAUCGAAACAUUGAUGAAGAUAUUCUGAAGAGGAUGGAGGAGGACAUGUAUGCAAAGCAAAUAACUAAAGUUGAAAAUUUUGGUACUCGCGAAGAUAUCCAGUCAACCACUGAGCACAAUACCUCUAAUAGCAGUAACAAAGAAAAUGUGGACAGUAAUGUGAUAGCCAAUGGAGCAGUUACAAAUGGAGAUGUGCCUUCAGAAACUCCUAAGGACCUGACAGCUGAUGAGAAAGAGACCCCUAUGGAGGUCAAUAAUGUAGAAAUGCUCAGUAAUGAAGCGCCCUCUGGUGACUCUGUUUCAAAGUGCCAUUGGGCUUUCUACAAUGAAGCAAGUCAGAUUGAUAAGCUCUUAGAAGCUCUGAACACACGAGGUCUCAGGGAAGCAGCUCUCAGAGACAGUCUCCAACAGGAGAAGGCUUCAAUAAUUGGCUCCCUGAAUGCAGUCCCCACAGACUUCCUCACUAAACAUCCAUCAGAUGAUGUGGAUUCCCAACCAGCAGUAAAGAAGCAAGUGGAGGUGAAGAUGACUAGUGGCAAGAAAGGUCUUUUAUCAAAUAGUGCUGAUGGUGAUGAGAAACUUGAACUUAUGCUCAGGGAACAGAUUCUGGAUAUUGAAGAUCGUUUAUGGCAGGGUGCUUUAGGCUUUGUCAAGGUGACUGACCGUUCAGCUUGGGUAGCAGCGAUUGAGCAGGGAUCGUACGAUCGUCAGUGUAAAGAGAUUUCUUGGGGACCUGUCUGGGCACGUUCUAUGUUAGAUGAUGGUGACUUCCUAAACAUGUCUUUGUCUGAUCUACCUCUCCCAGAGGAGAAACCAAAGUCAAAGGAUAGGCUGUCUGCUUUGAAGAAAGGUGAUAGCGGUCAUACAGGUUCACCUGCAUCUACACGAUGUAAUACACCUGAUCUUGCCGAUAAUGUAGUUAGAGAUCUAGCUUGUGCUCUGCUUCAGGUGUCUCAAGGUGCCGAUGAUAAAUACCUCAAAGCACCUCUUGGAAAUCCAGAAGAAAAUAAACCAAUGACAAGAACAAGGAAAAAGCAAGAGGAAGAGAAAGAGAAGGAGGAAGAAGAUGAUAAAGAAGAGAAGAAACCCAAGAAGACAUGUCGUGAGUGUUGGGAAGAAUCUUUGAUGGCCUGCACCAGCCUGUCUCAGAUCUUCCUUCAUCUCUCCACACUUGAACGUUCAGUCACGUGGAACAAGUCAAUCCUGAAGGCUCGUUGCAGGAUGUGCCGUCGUGGUGGUAACCCUGAAGCUAUGUUGCUAUGUGAUAGCUGUAACAGAGGUCAUCACAUGUUCUGCCUCAAACCUCCCCUCAAGAAAGUGCCACAGGGUGAUUGGUUCUGCAAAGACUGUGCCCCCAAGCAAAUCAAGAGAAGCCCUCACAAACAGAGAGCAAAGAAGAAGCAAGUCGUAGAAGAAUCGUCCAGUGAGGAGGAGGAGGAGGAGGAGGAAGAGAGUGAAGAAAGCUCAGAGGAAGAAAAUGAAAGUGAAGAGGAGGAGGAAGAGGAGGAGGAAGAGGAGGAGGAAGAAGAAGAUGAAGAAAUGGAAGUCGAUGUUGAUGAAGAAGAAGAAGAAAAAGAGGAAGAGGAAGACGAAGAGGAGGAAGAUGAUGAAGAUAAUGACAGGAAACUGGAAGCCAUGAACCGUGUGGCCCGUAGGCGACUCCAUGGUAUCAACCUUGACCACAAUGAGCUGUGUAGGUCGUGCGGACAUGCCGGCCAGCUCAUUCUCUGCCAUGACUGCCCCAUAGUCUACCACUGCGAAUGUCUUGAUCCUCCCUUAUUAAAACUUAACCAAGAUCAGUGGUACUGUCCACUAUGUGUCCAGGAUAGAGCUACCAAUUGUGCUGAAUCGGAGGAAGAAAUGGAAAGUGAAGAUGAUGAUGCGAUAGAGCAUGAUGACGUCUGCUCCCGAUGUGGUCAUGGAGGUGAAUUGAUAUGUUGUGAUAAUUGUCCUAAGGCCUUUCAUAUGGAGUGUUGUAAACCAGUUGUACGCAAGGUGCCAAAGGGACAUUGGGAAUGUGAGAGCUGCAAGAAAGGAUCCAAGUCAGCUGCCAUUAGGGUACCAACAGGCAUCAAAGGACCAGCUAAGAAGUUUGCCUCUAAACCUGCCAAGAAGGAGAAUCCUAAAAGUCAACCCAAGGCUGAAGAGAAGGCGGGUUCUAGGAGCCGGUCUCAGAGUAGGGGACGUCAAUCCAGACAGAAUACACCAGAACCAAGCCAGUCAACUAAAGCCUCCAAGAAAGAUUCUCAACCUGUCUUGGGUGCUAGUGGAAAGAAAGGUCAGCAGAGCUCUCAAGAUAAGAAAGGGCAACAGUCUUUAUCAUCCCAGGAAACUAGAGGAAGGUCAAAGUUUCAAGAGAAGGGAGGUCGGGGGUCAUCCUUGGAGAGGAGGGGUCAGAAACGAAGUAUUAGAAUGGAUUCUACAGACUCAGAGUCAUCGCAGGAAGAAGAAGUCCAGAAGAAGAAGAAUUCUGGAAAGGCUCUUUUCAAAGUAGCCCUUAAUGGAAGCAUGAAUGCAGAUGAUUCAGCUUCUGAUUCAUCAGGGCCAUCAGCUAAGAAUCGCAGAUCAUCCAGUGGACGUGGUCGAGGGGAUCUAACACAGAUCAACAAGUGUGAAGCAUUAUUAAAGGAACUCAUCAAGCAUCCAGAUGCACGUCCAUUCCUUAAUGCUGUCAGCAAAAAAGCAGCCCCUGAUUACUAUCGCAUCAUCAAGCGUCCCAUGGACUUUUCAGCAAUGCAAACCAAGGUCAAUGAUUACCAGUACUCUAAUGCAGCUGAGCUCAUCGCCGAUGCUAGACUCAUUUUUACCAACUGUCAACAGUACAACCGUAGAUCCAGCCCAGAAUACAAGGCUGGACUUAAAGUAUCUGCCUUUCUUGAGAAGCGAAUCAAAGAACUAGACAUUGAGGUUAGCCUUGAAGAUGGUGGCACUGCUGAUACGGACACGCCCACUUCAAGAAAGCGCUCCCGGCAACGAUAACUGAUCAAAAUUUGGAUUUCACUUUCAGUAUGUUUUCUUUCUGUUGGUGUUUAUCAAAUUGUGAGAGUAAAGUUUGUGUGUUGGAUUCUUUAUAAAUGCCUUGUAGUUUUCUUUGCCUUUUGCACAAGUCAUUGAUAUAUUCUGCAUUUUGGCCAACAAAGUGAAGUGAAUUUGUUAAGAUAUUGACUAUGCCAUUCCUUUAUAUUGUCCCUCAUCACAAUCACUUUAAGUGAGUUUGAAGGUUUUUUUGUUCUAAAAAGAGAGAUGAAUAAAUCAUAAUAAAUGAUAAUCAUACUAAAUCAUAAUAUCCUAUUUCAUGGAAUAAAAUUUACUUUUCUCACAAUUUUAUUUUUUCUGUAAUUUAUAUUGAAUGUAUUGUAUAACAAAAAAAAAAACUACAAUAAAAACUAACUUGUUAAGUAAAUCAUUUUGAUGUAAAUAAUUAUGAUGAGAUGACUAGCAUUCAUUGAAAAGGGAUUUACAGGUAAUGAAAUGUAAUAUAUUUAUUGAAUUAGUGUGAUAUAGCUUGGGAGUCCCAGUGUUUGUAGAAAUAAUUUUCAUUUGUAAAUUUAUUGAGUUUGUUAUAAUACUAAAAUUAGAGAGACAUUAAGUACGUCAUAUUUACGUCUCAUUCAAACAGACCAUCAUUGCCCCACAAUGCUUUGUGCACUAAGUCAAUAGAAUCUAAAGCAGUCUUCUUUCAGUGCUGUUCAUUCAAAUUCCUUAUAAAAUUUAGUGUGAAGUCAAUCUUGGCAAAAGUUGCACAUGUUUUUAAGAUAAACUUAAGAGAUAAUGAACUCAUUAUGUCAUAACAUUCCUCAUGCCAUCAUAGCCAAUUCAUUAUGAUGUCAUGAGUUUGUCCUGCAACUUUCAACAAUUUAUGGGACUUGAAGUGUGUAAUGUGUGUUGAUUAUCAUAAUUUGUCCAAGUGAACAUUAAGAAAAAUGAUUCCCAGUUUUGUCCUACCAUAUUUGAAUGAAACUUGAGUGUUGAAUUGAAGACUAUUAGGGAGCAUGAAUAUUGUGGUUCUUUUGAUUACAAACUGUAGAUAUUGAUUGUAGUACAUUUUAAAAAAUGUAAUAAUACCAUGUAAUAAUACCAUGGUAUCAGUACGCUUCAGCUUUCACAAGCUAGUUGUUAAAUUUGUUAUAUUAAAGCAGCAACAUUUAACAAAGCUACAUUGUAUAUUGUAAAUUUACCUCAUUUAGUUCUUUUUUAAAGUAAUUUAAGAGGAUGUAUUAGUACAUGUUGGUGUAUAAUGGAGGGCUCAUACAUGUAGGUAUCAAUUAGUGAUGAAAGCAGUCAUCCCAAAAUAUUCAACAUGACAAAAAAUGUAUAAAUAUAAAAUAGGGAAAAAUGUCUUCCUUGCACUGUUCUCGUAUGUUUGAUUUCUUUAUAUUGUUUACAUUUGAAUUCAAGCUCAUUUUAUUUUCUAAUGGAAGUCCAUCCUUGAAUUCUUUUGUCAUCAAUUUUUUUUUCUUUGUUGGCAGACUUCAAUAAAUCUUGUUUUUGUCAUUACUGUACAUGUAUGCAUUAUGAAUUAUGUUGAAAAAAAUCAUUUCUUUCAUUCAUGAAUUAUGUAAAAAAAGUAAAAUAUGAACCACUUGCAUGCAUGACGGAAUUUCUUCAGUAGAAAUUUUGUUGUUGUUAAACUCUUAACAUGCCAUUGGAGUGGCUGAUCUGUUGGAUAUACAUUUACUAUUUAGUCUGUGUUUAUGUUAUUCUAUAAACAACUGGUAUAACCACAACCGUGAAUCAUGAUUUUAAACACAAACAUAAAUCUUAGGGACUGCAGAAUCAGGGUUUAAUCAGCCCUCUCUCUAAUGCUGUUUCUCCCUCACUUCAAGCUUAGCUAGUGUGCAUCUUAGUGUGCAGUUUGAUCCUGGAAAUAUAGGUCAACUUCUAUUUGGGUUUGAAUUGAAAAAAUACAUGUUGAUUUAUGUGUCAGCUACUGUGUGAGUUGAAAAUGAGUAAUGGCUUCACAUUUUCAUGAACAUGUAGUUAGGCUAACAAUAUGAUGUCAUGGAAUCAAGUAUUACAUUUAAUUGACUGAUUUUGAAUGUGGUUCUGCAGAAACAUUUUUUCCAAACGCUUUUUUUUUUCACAUUUCAUGUUUAUGAUUUGAAACAUGUUUACAUUUGAUUUAACGCAAACAUGAUUCUGCAGGAACGUCUCACAAAAUGUGUUUCAAAUCCUGAUUCUUGGGUAAAAGAGUGGUGUAUAAACAACCCUAAUCAAGCAUGUCAAAGGCCAAUGAGUAAAUUUGAUAUGAGAUCUCAAGAUUCAUGAUCAGCUGGCGACUUUGAUAUUUUGUUAAAAAAGGAACCUUGUAAUUUGAAUUUUGCUUGCAAUUUCUCUGUCUUGUUUCCCCUCUUUUUUCUCAAAUAAUUUUCAGGAUGGACUUCAAUUGGGUACUAGUAUUCAUUUAAAUAUCAUCUUGCAAUGCAAGAAUAUUAGUUUGAUAGAUGUAGUGUAGUUUACUGUUUUUGGAGUGUUAGAUGAUUCUUUUUUUUCUUGAAAUGUUAUUUCAUGAUGAUGUUGAAUAACUAGGCAGCCUUUUGGUGACACAAGUAUAAGAGACAUUUAAGAAUGAAGCAAAAUAGGAGACAUUGUUUUUUUCCUGUUGUAGUAUACUCUUUUCAUAUCCAUUCAGUUGUGGGAAGAUAUGAAAAUUAUUUAAUAUUUUCAUAGACUGUAAAAAGAUAUGUAAAUAGCCAUUUCAAUUUUUGUACUCGAGUAUCAAUUAAGCUUCUAAAGGUCUUGAACUCUUACUUUAAAACACUAUUUAUCAAGAAUUUUAGCAUGAACAUUUCAUCAGUGAAUCCGCUUCUAGGAUUAGUGAGAAAUUUGAUUGCAUUUUAUCUAAAUGCCCCUGUGUGUUGUUAGAAAAGCAACAAUUACAAAAUCAUUUUCUGUGUAGACAAGUCAAGGUGUAUAUGGUUUGGCCUCAAAGUUUACUAUACAACAAAGAUUUUUGAAAAGCAGAAUUAUCUUAACUUUUUUUGCUUACUUAUGACUUUGGAAAGACCGACAAGUUCUCUGAUAAAUACAUUCAUCAGAUAUCAAGUAAAGAAUCUGUGGAAUUGGGGAAAAUGUGAAUGAACGUCUAUCUCUGUGGGUUCUCAUCCUAUUGCUAUCGUGGGCAGAAUUAAAAUGAACGAUUUAUGUGUAACUAGCAUUUAUCACAAUUUUUUGUAAACUGUUUCCAGUUGAAAAUCAACUGCCUUUAGAUUUACACAUUUUACCUCAAGUAGCAGAAUUUGAUCAAACCAAAACACUGAACUGGUAGCUAACUCACCUAACAGGCUCAAGAAUACUAAGAAUGAAUUACCAAUGUUUUAAGUACCUGUGUAAGUUAUUGAUAGUAGAGAUCAAAGUAAAUGUGGAUAGCCUGAGAGAAUAUUUCAUUUAGGCACCCUACUAAAAAUCUUUUAUCAGGAAUCCUUUGUAGGCUUUUUUAACAAUGGUGUUGUAGCAAACCCAACUGAUUUGUCUAUGAUGAAGAUUAAAGAUGGGAAACAUGUAGGAUAGGGGUAUGAAACAAGAUACUGACUUUUAGUAGGGUGCCUCUAUUGAUGUAGUGCGGAUGCAACUUCUUAAUGGUCUGGAAACUGUUUUUUUUUCUCUUUGUGUGUUCAAGUCAAAAGGAUGAGAAAAAAAAUGGAGCUGAAAAAGUUCUAGUUAUUUUUUAUUCAGUCCUUAACUUUGACAUGUACGAUUUCCUUAGGUGGCUGGAAUUUCAUUUUUCUGAAGACUUAAGAAACUGAAAAUAAAACAAGGAUAUAUGAAUGUAAAUAUUUAUUCAAUAUUAAAGUUUUUGAAAAGGAAAUGGAUAAGAAACAAUGUCAAUAUCCUUUAUUCCAUAUCAAAGAAAACUGUCAUAAAAAUGUCAGUGUUUAAGACAUUGUACUUGAAAACUUUUCAUUAACAAAGCCUGAUUGAAGAAACAAAAUGCAUCUGCAUGAAUCCAAUGCAAUUUCUCAUCUUUGCUCUUAAACUCUCUUCUUCACAUAGGCUUUGUAUCACCUGGUUCUGUUAAGCAGUAGAUGUUUAUGACUGAACUAUGUGAUUCAUAUUGUACAUGUACAACACAGUUCCAGUAAUGGUUAACAUGCUAUACUACAUUUCAAGAGGUUACAAGAUUAAUCAACAGAAAGUGAUGGAUAAUAAAUGGUUGAGGACCAAAAUUCUCUUAAUUUCUUUGUGAA